AUUUUUGCAUAUUCAAUCUACUUGAAAACGAGUAUAAAUAGAAGGUCAUUCUUGCAAGUUUUCAUCAACCACUAACACUUUUAUUCAGAGAACUCCGGCGAAACUUCUCAUCCACCAAGCUUCGUUCUACAUUGCAGUCAUGUCUCUUCUUACCAUGGGCCAAGAACACAGAGGCACUAGGGCAAACAUUGCCUCAUUCGUAAGUUUUUCUUGAACAUUGCCUCUUUCGUAUGUUUGUAAUUUGUUUUUUAAAAGUCCAAUCUAAUGAUUGUUUAUAUUGUUUGUUUUUAAAGGAUCCCAAGAAAUUUCGUCAACGUUCACACCCUAUGCCUUAUCCAGACCCAUGGUGCGUACCUUACAUAGAGCGUGCGGGUUUCGGUCAUGUUAUGCAUGUCGUAAAUGCCACAAUUGAUGUCAAAUUUAUUCUUGCUCUGUGUGAACGUUGGAGACCAGAAACACACACUUUUCACCUAUCAACUGGUGAAUGUACCGUCACACUAGAGGACGUGUACAUGCUUUUGGGUCUUAGAAUAGAUGGUAAGCCUGUGACUGGAAAUGUUCAACAGCCCAACCAAAUAUGUGUUCAAAUGUUGGGGGUAGAUUUGGUCGAGGGUGAGGGGUCUGCAAAAGCUAGGGGUCAGGGUAUUAAACUAUCCAGCCUCCAAUUGUACCACGACUCCAUAACUUUGACUGAGGAUUCGUCCGAACAAGAAAAAGUCAUAAAAACCCGGGUUUACAUUAUGUUAUUGUUUGGGAACUUGCUAUUUCCCGAAGGGACGGGAAAUAGCAUAAACUUUAUGUACUUGAGUUUGCUCGAGGACAUUGAUAGAAUAAGCACGUAUAGUUGGGGUUCUGCUGUACUGGCAUUCCUAUAUAGCUCUUUGUGUAAAAAUGCACAAAAUGAGCAUUGUACAUUUUCUGGAUGUGCUUUUUUGCUCCAAACAUGGGGGUGGUGGAGAUUGCCGAGGCUAGCCCCAGAAAAUCCUAACGUCUACUCCUUCCCCUACGCAACUAGGUUCAUUACAACCGGACUGGAUUACAGUCUUACCCCCAAAAAUAAAAUUAUAUUUUAUCGCCAACUCUUGGAUCGUCUCCGAGCACAAGAUUUUAUUUGGAGGCCAUAUUUGGGAUUGGAACAUCAACCCAACCCCGAAGAUGCAGCUGUUUGGACAGCAAAAACGGCCAUAAUGCGGUUCACCACUGUGGAGAUGCACCAAAGUGACCGUGUCAAGCUGCAAUUCGGAAUGCAUCAAGAAAUCCCAGGCCCCCCUUUGUCUUUGGAACCUUGGCAUCUAAAAAAAGUCAGCCACCAGUGGUAUGCCCAACAUUGGAAGGAAUUUGCUAAGGAGUUUCGUAAAAUGUGGAAAGACCGUGCCCACUAUGUUCUACAAUUUCCGGUGGCGCCCAACGAAAUGAAGCCGACAAGGGAAUAUGUGGAUUGGUAUAGAAGUGAUUUCUAUGUGAAUCCAUUUUAA